AUGACUACGUUAGCUGUCACGAAAAUCACCAGUAAGAUGGAAAAGACCAAAUCUCAGGCCGACAUGGCAUUGGCGCAAUUUUUCACUGCUUCUGUCAAAAAGCGUACUGGUGUGUUGGAAGCGAUCGGUGGUAAGAACAGCACUGUAUUAGUCCUGGUUGAAAGUCCGAACGUGCAAAGCGCGGCCAACACGACAGUAAGCCACGAGGACGUAGAAGACAUACUGCAGAAGUUAUGCGAUGUAAACGAGUGUACCCUAAGUGAUUUAAUAACGGCAACAACUGAAAAUAUCAACAAAAUCAACGAUUUACAGAUCGAAAAUGCUCGACUGCGAAACAAACAGUUGGAAAAAAGCCGAGAAGAGCUGUACGGGCCAGAAGGCACAGACAUGGAUGGUGAGUUCGAUCCGUACAGAGAAGUGCUGACAAACAACCAUAGUGAUAGAGAGCUUUCGCUGCAGCUGAUGAGAAAAGUGAAACUACCUAGGCGAGAGAAGACACCAUAUCUGUCGAGUGGGAAAAUAGGGUUAGAGCUAACUGCUGUGAUCGACACUGGAUCGCAGAUAACCAUUAUGCCACUAAGCUUCCUGCUCAAAGCGAAAAUGGCAGGAGCAGAUGACGAUACCCUCUGUAAAGAGGUUGCAACGCAUAAAAUAACUGCAUUCGAAAGCUUGGUUGUGAUCGUUCGAGUCGGUGCAUACCACGAGAAGUAUUUGGUCGUACGUAAUAAAUUGAUUGGAAUAGGGAUGGUGGAGUACGGCCUGCCUGAAGGAAGCAACGAUUCGCUCUACUGGUGA